UUUGCGUGAGCUGUGCUGCGGUCGAAUUUUAUCGAAUUUUCACAAAAAUCGUUUCUAUUUAUUUGCUUAUUGUAUUGUAGUUCAAUUAACCAAGCAACUUGAUUCUAUUGAACCGGAUCUGCUCUUCAUCAGAAAUCAAAAUGAGCAGUGGCUUCGUCACAGAAACGGAACUGGCCGAGGCCCGCCGCAAACGACAGGAGGAAUGGGAAAAAGUGCGAACCGCAGACCAGCCUGAGGAGGCCCCAGAGGAAGAAUAUGACUCCCGGUCGCUGUACGAGCGGCUGCAGGAACAGAAACAGAAAAAGGACCUUGAGUUCGAGGAGACACACAAGCUUAAGAACAUGAUCAAAACACUGGAUGACGAUGAGGUUGAAUUUCUGGACCUGGUAGACCAAAACAAGAUGAAUGCCGAACGAAAAGCACAGCUGGAAGAAGCAAAGGAAAUGUCCGACUUCCGGCAGAAGGUGGCCUCCCUGCAGGAGAAGCGAAUGGAUGAGCAAAUUCAGCAGCAAAUAUCAAAACCGAAGCCUGCCAAAGCACCGAUCGCAUCGAAUCGGAUGUCACAGAAGAAGUUCCUAGCGGGGGUUGUGGUUCCGAAGCGGAAGCGUGAGGAUGAAAGUACUACAGCAGCAGAAACAACAACAACAACAACAAAGAAUGACCAAAAAGAUGAUAAACAAAAGGAAGUGCCAACUGGCGAUUCGCCACCAGAACUCAAAUCGACAACCAACAAGAAGCUAAAGAAGUGUGGUGCUAUGCAAGUAAUCGGCAUCCUUCCGGGCUUGGGUUCCUAUCGAGAGUCCACCGACUCGGAGGAGAGCAGCGAUACCGAUUGCGAUGAAGGCGGCCAUUACGAUUGGGUUGGUCGGAAAAUUGUCCAGAUCAAGUCGGAAGGCAAGUGAAGUGCGCUCGCGCGUGUGGCAGGGCAAAUCCGUUGUACUCUGGAGAA